AGUGUCACCCAAGUGUCGCUUCUCUGUGGCUGUGAAAGCCCAGGUUAAGGACUUGAGGUACCUCUCAGCCCCUGGUGCUCAAGUGGCCGCACCCCGAGUCCACCCUGGAUGUGGUGAGAUGGGUUUAGACUCUCCACGUUUCAGACAGAAGAAACCCAGCGCUGGAGGCUUCAUUACCUUGCUGCAAGCGACACAGACACAGUCCCGGCAGUCGGGGUGGGCCGGGGGGAUCCCCAGUUUGCUUGCAGAAACCCGGGGACCAGAUGACUCAUUGCGCCUUUGCUGUCUGAGAAGGGACAGAGAGAAUCGCUGGGACAAGGGCCACGGGGACUAGCAGAGGGAGCCACAGCGACUUUUCGGAGCCUCCUGGAGCCCCCCGGAGCCCCCCGGAGACCGGCUUGAGGGCAGGACAAGCGCAACGGAGUUUCACCCUAGAGCUGACUGUUCAUGGCACACGAAGUGAGAAGGUGCUCACUGGCUCUUGUUUUCAUAAUCAUGCUGCUGUUGGUUAAAGCCAAAAUGGAUGUGUGCAAGAGAGGAGAUGUGAUUGUCAGGCCUUCCCAUGUAAUUGCCCUUGGAUCAAUUGUCAAUAUUACAUGCUCUCUGAAGCCCAAGCAAGGCUGCUCCCAUUCCAGUUUCAACCAGUUAAUCCUCUACAGAGCCAAGAACAGAAUCAAUAUGCAGCCAGGUUACGACCUCAGUUCUCAAAUUGCGGGUCUCCCCUUGGGUACGACCGUGUUCAUCUGCAAGCUUGCCUGUAGCCGAAGUGCCGAGGUUCAGAUUUGUGGAGCAGAGAUCCUGGUUGGUGCUACAGGAAGGAAGACCACAGACAUGAGAGUUGACCUCUACAGCCCAAGGCCCAGUGCACAGCUAAAUGGACCCAAAAAUCUAACUUGGCAGAAACAAUGUAGUGAUCAUGACUGUGACCAUGCGGACCUUGGAAUCAGCCUAAGCCCUGAGUCACCUGAACCCAGUUACACCGUCACGGUCACUGCUUACAAUAGCCUUGGGCACAAUUCUUCAAUGCCUUCUACAUUCACAUUCUUGGACAUUGUGAAGCCUCUUCCUCCGUGGGACAUCAGAAUCAAAUUUGUAAAUGAUUCUGUGAGCAGGUGUACCCUUCUGUGGAAAGACGAGAGGCUGGUGCUAUAUAACCGACUCAGAUACCGGCCAGAUAAGAGCAAACCUUGGAACAUGGUUAAUGCUACAAAGGCCAAAGGAAGACAUGAGCUGCUGGACCUGAAACCAUUUACAAGCUAUGAAUUCCAGAUUUCCUCGAAGCUCCAUCUCUAUAAAGGUAGUUGGAGUAACUGGAGUGAAUCAUUUAGGACACAAACACCAGAAGAAGAGCCCACUGGAAUGCUAGAUGUCUGGUACAAGAAACAGCACAUUGACUACGACAGACAAAGGAUUUCUCUUUUCUGGAGGACUCUGAGCGCAUCAGAGGCAAGAGGCAAGAUCCUCCAUUAUCAAGUGACUUUACAGGAGAUGACAGAGAAGAAUGGCAUACAACAGAGCACAAUAGAAGACACCUCCUGGACUUGUGUCAUUCCCAGGACAGGAAAAUGGGCUGUGACCGUGUCUGCAGUGAAUUCAAAAGGCAGUUCCCUGCCCACGCGUGUGAACAUUACAGAUCUUUGUGGGGCAGAGCUGCUGACACCUCAGCGGGUCUCCGCAAACUCAACGGGUUUGAUCAACAUGGUGGUGAUGUGGGAGCCUCCCAGGAAAGCCCCCUCUGUGGUGCAGGAGUACAUGGUGGAGUGGCAGGAGCACCGUCCCCCGGGCAGCACUCAGCCCCCUCUACACUGGCUGCGGUGUCCCUCCUCUAACCUGUCUGCUCUGAUCUCAGAAAACAUAAAGCCCUUUGUCUGUUACGAAUUCCACGUGUACUCGCUCUCGGGGGACCAGGGAGGAUGCAGCUCCGUCCGGGCUGAUACCAAACAGAAAGCGCCGCUGAGUGGCCCCCACAUCAACAGCGUCACAGACAAAAAGGGGAGCAUCUUGAUUUCAUGGGAUGGAAUUCCAUCAGAAAAACAAAUGGGCUGCGUCCGUCAUUACAGGAUCUACUGGAAGGAACGGGACUCCCCAGCACAGCCUCAGCUCUGUGAGAUUCCCUAUAGGGUCUCCUCCAAUUCACAUUCAAUCGACAGCCUACAACCCAAAGUGACAUACACCCUGUGGAUGACAGCUCUGACAGCCGCUGGAGAAAGCCCCCCCGGAAACGAGAGAGAAUUCUGUCUGCCAGGUAAAGCCAGCUGGAGCGCCUUUGUGUCAUCAAGCAUCUGUGUUGCUGUGAUCAUAGUGGGCAUUUUCUCGAUACGUUACUUCCGGCAAAAGACAUUCGCCCUUCUUUUGGCCCUCAGACCUCAGUGGUGUGGUAGAGAGAUUCCAGAUCCAGCAAACAGUACCUGGGCCCAGCAGUAUCCAAUCCUGGAGGAGAAAACACAGUUGCACUUGGACAGGCUCCUGACACCCUGGCCCAUGUGUGAAGACCCUGAGCCGCUGGUCAUCAAAGAGGUCCUUCAUCAAGUGACCCCAGUCUUCAAAAAAGUCCACUGCCCCAGUUGGGCAGAAAACGGACAAAGGGUCCAAGGUCACACCUCUGAAGACACAGGGUACCGUGCAUCAGAUUCUUCGCCUCUGAGAACUCUCACAGUGGAGACAGGACAGCUAGUGGCUCUGUACAAGGUGCUGGCAUGCAGGGGCCCAGAUUCAAAGUCUGGAAACCCGAUGAGCUCCUUGACGGUUCUGCCAGUAGACUACCUUCCCAACCAAGAGGGCUACUUACCUUCCAACGUGGAUGAUCUCCCUUCGCACGAGGCUCCCGUCACCGACCCGCCGGAAGAACUGAAGUCUCAGCACUUCUCUCUUUCCGUUUUCCCCUCAAGUUCCUUUCACCCCCUUCCUUUCCCCUGCAGUGUGAAGCUGACUCUGGAUCAGUUAAAGAUGGGCACGAUUCCUUUGUGCUCUGAGGGGCAAAAUACAGAGCUUAAAAAGCCAGUGUGGGGAGUCGGGCGGUAGCACAGCGGGUUAAGCGCACGUGGCGCAAAGCACAAGGACCGGAGUAAGGAUCCCGGUUCGAGCCCCCGGCUCCCCACCUGCAGGGGAGUCGCUUCACAGGCGGUGAAGCAGGUCUGCAGGUGUCUGUCUUUCUCUCCCCCUUCUCUGUCUUCCCCUCCUUUCUUGAUUUCUCUCUGUCCUAUCCAACGACAUCAUCAAUGGCAACAAUAACGACAACAACAAUAAAAAAAAAAAAAAAAAGGGCAACAAAAGGGAAAAUGAAUAAAUAAUUUUUUUUUUUAAAAGCCAGUGUGCCCACAGCCAGCCCAGCACACCAGACCUACAAGUCACGUGCUUCAGAGACGCAAGUCAACUCAGCUUGACACUUGGGGCCUGAGGGCUGUUAACUAGAUUCUUCAUCUUGCCUUCUCCAAGGUCUGGAGAGAACACACAGCAUCACAAUCUAGGGGGUUCCAAUGUGGGUUUUCCGCAAUUUCCUUGGCUGUAGACGAGAAAGAAAAAGGUAGAGUUGACUCAGAGAACCAUUCAUGCGACAAUGAUUGAUAAAGCUUUUGGACCGGUGAAAUACCUCACUUGAAUAGUGUGCUGCUUGAGGAUGGGCACGACCCAAGUUCAAGCCCGGUCCCUCACUGCGUGAAAAGAAGUUUCGGGGCUGUGGUUUCUUUCUCCCAUUUCUCUGGUUCUCUGUCUUGUUCUAUCUGCAACAGACAGCCUACAGUGGCGAAGCCCCAGAGAUCUCUCUCUCCCUCUCCUCUCUUUCUACAUAUAUAUAUAUAUCUUUUCCUUUUUUUUUUUCUACUACAUACCGGAGGUUUUAUGUUUAGAUAAGAACUAUCCAGAGGGGCCAGGUGGUGGUGCACCUGGUUGAGUGCACGUUACCAGGCGCAAGGAUCCAGGUUCAAGCCCCUGGUCCCCACCUGCAGGGGGAAAAGUUUUGUGAGUGAUGAAGCAGUGUUGUAGGUGUCUCUCUCUCCUUCCCUAGCUCCCCUUUCCCUCUUGAUUUCUGGCUGUCU